GCGUUUGUCUGCAUCCUACAAUGUUAAUUUAUUUAGAAUAAACACAUUACUUGCUGAUAACAAUGAUAAUGAAACCUUGGACUCCGGAUACCACAUGACCAUAUUGCACAAUAUAAGCCUGUUGAAUACGUCGUACAUGUUUACUUUGCAGUUUUCCACGGUGAAGCACAGAUUGUCGCAACGUUUAUAUCCUUUUUUUGUGCAUUCGCUAAAAUCAAGUAAUAACGUGAACAAUAACAACGAUGGCUAUAAAUCCUGCGAAAGCUAUACUCCGGCAAGGAAAGACUGCAUUAAUUAUAUGCGAUGUUCAGGAAAAAUUCAGGAAGGCUAUAUUCGAAUUUGAUAAGAUGGUUCAAAAUUCAACAAAAUUGAUCAAUGCUCUGAAAAUUUUGAAUAUACCUACGCUAGUUACUGAACAGAAUCCAAAAUCCCUGGGGAAAACUAUUUCUGAAUUUGAUAUCUCUGGAGCUAAGGGACCUUUCGCUAAAAUGCAAUUCAGUAUGUGUACUCCUGAAAUCAGUAAAGAGAUUGCAACACUUUGUAAUGGACAAAAGCCAGAGUCUAUUGUUCUCAUAGGUAUUGAAACACAUGUGUGUGUAGAGAAUACAGCUAUUGACUUGAGGCAAUACGGCUACGAGGUGCAUAUGGUGGCAGAUUGUUGUUCGUCACGUACUCAAGAAGACAGAUUACUUGCUUUGGAGAGACUGCGAGACAUAGGAUGUCACAUAACCACUUCUGAAAAUGUUAUAUUCAAGCUUGUACGAGAUGCAAGUAAUGAGCAAUUCAAAACUUUACUAACUCUUAUCAAAACACCAACUGCAUACACAGGAUUAGUUCCUAUCUCAAAGAUAUAAGUGCUCUUAAAAAGUCUUCUUUUUAUAUUUUUCCUAUAUACAUAUUUUUAUACCAAUAGCAUGUAUACUGCAGUCAAUUGUGUGUCAAUGUACAAUUGUGAACAAGUUUAAAAAUAAGGAAGCUAUAACCUAUCAAAAUAUAAGAUACAAGUGCUUAAAAAGUUCUUUUUAUAUUUUUUCCAUGUACAUGUUUACAUCAAUCCAGAGAUAUAUACUGUAGUCAAUAUAUUGACAGUUGUAAACUGUUCUAAAAAAUAAAGAAGCAACAUUCUAUCAAAAUA